GUUUUUUUUUUCAAUUAAAAUUCUAAAUUUACACAUCGUACUUAUUGUUAUAAAUGCAGAAAUAAAAUACAUUACGUUACAUCGCCAAUCACUCAAGAUGUUUGUUAUCUUGCAGUGUGCAUGCAUUGUUCACAUUUAAAAAUGUCGCAAACCAUGGAUAAAACCUUCGAAUACCCACUCAGUAAUAAUGGUUUUUAUGGAAUGCAUGAACAAAAUGUUAAGUAUAUAUACUUAUGAAAACAAACUUGGGUUUCGAAUGUUUGGCAAAAUAUAUCUAGCACAAUGUCAUAUAAACAGUUAUGGCUAGAAUCAUUGAUAAUCCCAAAUAAAAAGUUUGAAUGUAGGUUUGUGUUUGUAUAUGUUAAUGGACAGAAUUUGUGUGUUUCAGUUUUGACAAUGGCAUAUUCUAUCGGCACAAAAGAGUCAGAUGGCGAAUUGAGGAUAUUACUGGUUGGAAAAACUGGCGUUGGUAAGAGUUCUACGGGCAAUACAUUACUUGGCAAACAAGCGUUCCGAACUUCGAGGUCGUUGUCCUCGGUAACUAAGGAAACACAGUGUAGAGAGGCGGUUCGAUUUGGUCGCCGGUUAACUAUAGUUGACACGCCCGGGUUUUACGACACGGGAUCAAGUAAUAUGGAAAUAGUGCGUGAAAUUGUUAGAAUAUUUGGCUUCUUGAGUCCUGGAAUACAUGUUCUUAUGUAUAUCAUGGGCGUUGAGAGAUUUACAGAAGAGUGCAUUAAAACAAAAGAUUUGGUACUUAAAACAUUUGGCGAGGGUAUAAAGACGAGAAUAAUCAUUGUUAUAACACAUUUCGACGAUCUUGAGGCCGAACAUGUUGAUACAAAGAAAUAUCUGGCUUCCAGUGGAAGAGAAUUCUUGCAGUUUCAAAAUAAGUGCAAUAACAGAGUAUUCUUUAUCAACAACAAAGCGAAAUCAGAUGUUCUCGAUCAGCAAGUUAUGUCUCUGAUAAAAAUAGCCGAUGACGUCACGAGACAGCACGGCGGAAAGUGUUACACAAAUGAACAUUUGAAGCUUGUAAGAGCAUACUUCAGACUGGAGAGGAAAAGAAAGAAAAUAAAUUUAUCUCGGGCAAGGCGAAUGCUCUUCGACAGGGCGUCAAUGAAACUUGGAUUACAGAAAGUUGUCGCAUGGGACGAAGACAAGAAAAAACCGAUCCCUCUGAGAUUACCGAAAGGAGGUGCUACUUAUUCCGCUUUACCGAAUAUUCCAAGAAACAUUCCGACAGUAGAUAAAUCGAAAGUAGAGAGAAGUGGAAAAGUAAAGAUUAAAGCAGUGCCAGUUAGACAAACAUCAGUGGCUACCACUAAUGAUCGCAAAGAACCUGCAAAAGUAAAUACUCAAAGCGUACAUACAUCUGAAGGUUAUGGCAGUGCAAAAGAUAAAGAUGAGAAGAAAGAAGGGAAAAAAGAAAAAGAGCAUGCGCCUGAUUUAACAACUGAUAUUGAAUUUGAAACACAAAUGGUUAUAGAGUGUAUAGAAGAUGAGCAUGAAGUCGGUUCAGAAGAAGCUGAGAGUUCGGAUACGGAAAAUAACACAAUCGAUCGACAGAAAGUACAGGAUAAAUCUUUCUUCGACAAAUUUGCUGAUUUUUUUGUCUCUUUGUUUAGUCCCAUGCUGGAUUAAAAGGUGAUAGAACAUAUAUUUACAUAUCAUUUAUUUAAAUCGUGGUGGACGGAUAGCUCAGUGGUUUGCACAUUGACCUUCCAAUCCUGAGGUCGGGGGUUCGAUCCCCGGCAGCUACUCGGGAAUUUUCAGAAACGCUUUUCAGUGAUUCCCACCCAACUAGAGGUGUACUGGUCAGGAACCCAGGCAAUCCCUGCGUGUAUCAGUGCUAUACACUGGGCACGUUAAAGAACCAGACUGUCUAUUCGCAACGAGCUAGGCUAAGUUAGCCGGACAAGCCUGUAUCUGAUUUCUGAUCUCUCUGUCGUGGGGGCUUUGUCUCACUCUGUCCCUCUGGUCAGAUCGCUCUGUGUCUGUACUAGUAGAGGAUGAAUUAUGCGCCCUAUGUGGCUGCAUUUGAACUAUGUAAAGCGCCUUUGAACGUGAAAUUGAUCAUGAAAAGGGCGCUAUAUAAAUCUGGUAUAAUAAAAUAAAAUAAUUAAUGGAUGUUUUUUAUCAGGUAUUCCAUUGAAACUACUAUCAAAUUAGUUAUUGCAUCGGUAGAAGUGAACGAAAGGGUAAAAUGCUACUCUAAUUAAUCGGGUGGUGUUGAUAGUGCGCUUGAGAAUGAUCUAUGUCUAACACAAACUGAGGUUUUAAUUACCAGCAAAAAGCCAGUGAUGAGAGUAUUACUGCUUUUUGUGGUUUAAAAAAGUGUAAUCCGUACUUUAACUAAUACAAAUGAAAUCAUUAUUUCAAACUUUCGUCUAAUUACUCAGUGCAAAAUCGUCAUUGCAGUAAACCAUAAAUUGCUCUAAAAGACCUAAAUUCUCGAAUUAAUGUGAAAUAGAAUAGAGAAUUAGAUUAAGACAUGAUUCUAACUUUGAUUCUUAGAUGGAUUUUAUGUCGGAGAUGAAUGUAACAGGAAAGCACUAUUUCACGUCUAAUGCAUGGUGCCAAAUACAGUAGGUAGACGUGACGUGACCAUUUUUUACCAUAUUCACGGGAGGUAACACAUCCCGCGAAAUAAUUAACAGUGGGUAGACAUCCAUUCUCAUCCAUCAGAGGUUCGUCAAAAUCACGUAGACCUUUGUUAGACCUUUGGUAUGCGAGUAUGGUAGACAUCUAGUGUGUUAUUCUGUGCGUUUAAUAAUUGAUUCAGAGUGUUUGAAAAGCGUUACACCGUACCUUAUGUGAUAUCAUUUCUAUUAUGAAAUGUCUUUAUAUCCUUUCCGUAGCCUUAACGUACUUAAACGUAUUAGCGUCUGAUGGCCCUUUCACGCUUCCGUAUAAACAACAUUUAUUACACGAAACUUAUUUUGAAAAUAUUUCUGAAAUGUCUAGGUCUGCAGCUCUCAAAUACGGUUAUAUCUUACAUCUGAGGCAUAUACUGACACUCUCAGGCAACAUCAAAAAUGACAUUUUGAGCGAUUUGAUGAAGUUCCAAAAUUAUCAGUGUACCCUUGGUCCGUUACGGACCCCUGUGGGAUUUGUGUUUAUCCAGAGCUCAAAUAUUUUUUCAUAGAUUAAAAGCUGACAUGCUGUACUAAAGCACAGGUAAUUUCAAUUCGUAAUAAAGUGCUGAAAAUUGGCUCCCCAAUAGCAAAAAAAAGAAAAAAAAAAAAAAAAGUGCACGC